CAGUCAUUUCGAGUACGUCAAACCGUUCGUUCGUCUAAAACUUGUAUUUCAAAUAUAACGGAACAGUUUUAAUUAACAAAUUGUUUGUGAAUUGGUUGUUCUUUUGUUUAACUGUUUUAUAAUUUGUUAAUGAAACCUUUUUAUGUGUUAUAAACAAUAUUAAAUAGAAGUUAAUUAUUUGCUUAGCAAAAAAAAAACAACAAAAAAAUAAUCUUAAUAAAUAAAAUUGUUUUAAAAAAGAUUUUAUUUAUUCUCUAAAAUACUUUUACCUGGUCAUUAUCCAUGAUAUUCAAUUUUGAGAAUGAAAAUAUCUAAUUUGACAACUCAAACAAAAUUGAGUUUUACCUUAUUGUUACUAACAAUAUUUUCACAAUCAUGGGCGCAGGCGCCUAAAGGUUUAUCUAUUUCUACACAUGAUAUCACCGUUUUAAUAAACAGUUCUGAAACUGUUUAUGUUUAUGUCAAUGAUCCUUUGGAACAGCAUGUCACCGUAAUUCUUAAACCACAACAUGACAAUCUAACAUUAAUAGAACCAACACAGUUCGAUUUUAAUGCUGAUGGUGUACAAAAUCAAAGUAUUGUAGUUACUGGUUUGAAACCGGGACAUUUAGAAGUAAUUGCCGAUAGUCAACCCGAUGAAGAGUGGAUCGUAAAAGAUGUAUUUCUUCGUAUUACUGUGGCCAAUUCUGAAGCUAUUAUUUACACUUCGUUGAUUUUUGGCUGGAUAUAUUUUGUGGCUUGGUCUGUGUCAUUUUAUCCACAAAUAUGGGUCAAUUAUCGUCGCAAAUCAGUGGUGGGCUUAAAUUUUGAUUUUGUUUUCUUGAAUUUAUUGGGUUUUACUUUGUAUUCAAUCUUCAAUUGUGGCCUUUAUUGGAUACCAGAAAUACAAGCAGAAUAUACCAAUCGUUAUCCUCGUGGUCUCAAUCCGGUUAUGUUAAAUGAUGUAGUAUUCUCAUUACAUGCCAUGUUUGCUACCAUUAUUACUAUUUAUCAAUGUUAUGCUUAUGAGCGUGGAGAACAAAGUAUUUCGAAAACAGCUGGUGGUCUUUUAACAUUAUUUAUUUUGUUUGUUAUUAUAUCUUGUGGUUUAGCAGCUGGUAAUGUUAUACAUUGGUUGGACUUUUUAUACUAUUGCAGUUAUGUAAAAUUAACUAUAACAAUUAUAAAAUAUGUUCCACAGGCUUUAAUGAACUAUCGUCGUAAAAGUACCAUUGGCUGGAGUAUUGGUAAUAUUUUAUUAGAUUUUACUGGAGGCACCUUAAGUAUGCUGCAAAUGAUACUUAACGCUUAUAAUUAUGAUGAUUGGGUAUCAAUAUUCGGUGAUCCCACCAAAUUUGGUCUGGGUCUAUUUUCGGUAUUAUUUGAUAUAUUCUUUAUGUUACAGCAUUAUGUAUUUUACAGCGACUUUUAUUGCAAUUGUGGUACUUAUAAAUUGGCAGCAAAAAUAGAAAUUUAUUAAAAACAUGCGCACAGUUACAUAAAACAUUCAAACAUUUAAGUUAGUUAAUAAAAGAACGUCAUUUAAACAUUUUCUAACAUUUUGUAAGAUUUUCUAACUUUCUAUAACUUCUUCUUGAUAUUAUUUUUUCUAUACUAUAAUCCAGUUCCAAAAACUACAAACCAAUGUCCAGAUCACAGUUUAGACAUGAUCAAAAACAAAGUCCAGACUAUUUAGCAAAGCUCUGAAAGAAUUCAUACCUAAUUCUUUAUUUGAAAUUAAGUUAUAUUUUAAAGAAUUAACAAUUCUUCAAAUUCAUUCCCUUUGGUUUAAUUCCUAGAAUUAAUUCUUAAAGAAUUAAUUCCUAUAGAAUGUUAAAUUCAUUCUGAAUGAAUUAAUUUAGUUUGCAUUCAAUCUGUUACAAAUUGAAUUCAAAUUAAUUUCAACAAUUCCUAUUGAUUUUUAAAUUA